GUUUCAACCAGCACGCCGCGUGCAUUAUUCAUCUGUUUUGGGAGAAGACGCACUUGGCCGACUGCGCUGAGGCAACAUGCUUGAUCUGAUCUGUUAUUGUGUACACGACCCACUCACGGGGGAGCUGCGGGCAUUAAUUACCACCAAACACUUGUUUUUAUUUGCGCCUGAGCAAGUGGGGGACCCGUCUCACACCUCGGCAUCCGCCACGGGAUGUUGAUUUUCGCAUUUUGUUGCGAAAUCGGCGUAUUUUGUAGCGAACAAACACAAACCACGUGGUUCCGUGCACACCACGUUACUACUCUGCUAUAGAGCGCACCUCUGCUCUACUUAUCCUCAAAUUACCCCCCAGUGUCACCCAUAGGUGCUGUGAUUCGCGUAAGAACCGGAAUGAUUGUGCGAGCGAGUGUUAUUCGGUGUGAGGGGGGUCUAGUUUUGCCGCACACACCGUGCAGGUCGCCGAUUCUUUCUCAGAGCGAGCUGAAGUUAUUGUGGGUAGUGCGGCCAUGCUUGUGGCUUGAGCUAAAAGUGAUGGGGGGGGGGGGUUGUCUGGUGUUUGUUCCCCGUUAAUGGCGCCGUUUUUCGUUUAUUUCCAAUGUGAAAAUGUACAACCGCUGUGAAAAUCGCCCCCAUCUGAGGUAGCGGUAGUUUUUGCGGGUGUUUCCGUGCGUCUCGUUCGCUCAUUCGAGUCGCCUCCACUGCGUCUUUUCAUCCCGCACCUCUGCCAUGCUGCCUGCCGCAUUGUUAUAAUGGCGGAGGACACGAGAAGUCUGCUUGGAAGCACGGAGGUGGCGUCGGGCACUGUGAUGAGGAAUAAGGGGGUUUAUUUCACCGUUUUACGCGUAAACGUAUUUCCUUCGGCGUGUCCGCUAAAAGGGUCACUUAGCGUGCGCGGGGAGGCAGGGGAAUUAAAAGUGGUGUUAUUAAUAAGGGGGUGUGUAUGUCGCGGAAGGCCUUUCGAUACGUCCGCAGCCCUGUUUGAAGAGGGAGGCGGAGGGAUCUGUUGCUGGUGGCUGUUGGUAGUGACGCAGGCGUUGUGGGAGAUGUAGUCCCCUUUAACAUAUUUCUUUUAUUCAUUCCUCAUUGUUAGUCUGCGGAGAAUUGCUACAUAACGAGGAAUAUCUACCCCCAUUUAACCCGGAGUGUCAUAAAUGUAUUUCUUUGACUUAAAAUGACUGGAAAACGACACAAAGUGUUGUGCGUCUUGAUUACGUUAAGCUGUAGAGCCUCUAUUUACAUCUCUUGUAUCUUCAGCUGUGUCACUAGUAUAAUAGAUAAGAAAAGAUAAUAUCUAACUGCUGGCAAUUUAGUUUCAGCCCAACAACUAAUGGUUAAUUGAAUUGUUGAUUUAUAUGUAGGUUUAAUUUUUGGACUAUAAAAUGUCAGAAAAUAUUGGGGAAAUGACUAUUUUCUAGAGCCUAUAAUGUCAGAAAAUAUCUUGUGUUGUUGACCAACACUCCAAAACUAUAAUUUCCUACGAGGACAUUGUAAUAUAUAAGGCACUAUAACCAUCACGUUUGGCUAAUUUGCUUGAAAAAAUGACAUAUGUAUUGAUUAUCAAUAUGCUUUUGGAAUAAUCUGAUUUGUUUUGAUCGGUUCAGUUUUGCACGUAAACUCCUGGUUUAAGCUUUGAUCCGCUCUAAUUGUGUCCCAGACUGUUCCUCUGUAGUGGUUUGCGUGAUAUGGUAAAGUCUAGUUUUGGUCAUGUUUUGGCAGUGGAUGUGUUUGCUGGAUAUGCCGCUGCAACGUUGUCUGGCCAACAUUCCUCUGACCCCAGAAACAGCCCGGGACCAUGAGAGGCGAAUUCGCCGAGAGAUCGCCAACAGCAACGAGCGUCGGCGUAUGCAGAGCAUCAAUUCUGGAUUCCAGUCACUUAAAACACUCAUCCCGCACAGCGACGGAGAGAAGCUCAGUAAGGCUGCCAUCCUGCAACAGACGGCAGAGUACAUUUUUACUUUGGAGCAGGAGAAGACGCGCCUAUUGCAGCAGAACAGUCAGCUCAAACGAAUCAUACAAGAGUUAAGUGGUUCCUCCCCUAAGAGGAGGCGUGCAGAGGAGAAAGACGAAGGGAUUGGCUCACCAGACAUCCUGGAGGAGGAGAAGACUGAGGACUUGAGGAGGGAGAUGAUUGAGUUAAGGCAGCAGCUGGAGAAAGAGCGCUCAGUCAGGAUGAUGCUGGAGGAUCAGAUGCGUUCCCUGGAUGACCAGUUGUACCCAGAGCAACUGAAGGCGAUCACCCAGCAGGCCCAGGAGCACCAGACCCAAACACGGAGCCUUGUCCGUCUGCAGCAGAACAAGCAGCUGGAGAGGGACCUUACUCCAGCCCACAGCCCGCAGGUGAUGGCCCCAGCUACCCCCCCUGCACCUACACACCAUGCCACAGUAAUCGUCCCUGCGCCUGUGCAACCCGCCCCACCCCAUCAUGUCACCGUGGUCACCAUGGGCCCGACAUCGGUUAUCAAUACGGCGUCCACAUCUCGACACAACCUGGACACCAUCGUUCAAGCGAUCCAGCACAUCGAGGGCACCCAGGGGAAGGCUUGUGUCGGCGAGGAGGAGAAGCGGAGGGCGGUCAUUGUCACUUCAGGUCGCGUCCUCUCCGACGCGGCGGGCUCAGACACGGCCUCAAACAGCGACGGGCCCGACGACUACUCACUGCCCUGAGUUCAUCCCUGACGUCUCACACGCCGUACACUUACACACACACACACACACACUUACACGCAAAAGGCCCAGGCAGACCGGGGCUACAGGAGGCUUCAAACCCACAGCACUCUAGUUCAGUGGACAUUAAUAGGGCUGGUAGACAGAUUGAAGCACUCCUUUUUGUUUUUUCUUUCUUUUCAGUACACAGUCUUACGUGUUUUGUUGUGAUAGGCAGCCCAAAUAGGUUUACACUCAUACAUGCAGUCUCCUCUGCAUCUGUUUUCUGCUUAUCUUAAACUCCCCUGCUCUUUCACACACACACACAAACUCAUUCCUCUCCAUUAAUCUAGAGAGGUUAUUAGAGUACCUACUUCACUGACUGAUCUAUAACGAUCCGUCAUACUGGACAGUAGAGUGUCUGCUAAACAUCACUAUUAAUCGCCCAGACUGUUCUCUUUAUUCGGCCCUGAAGCCAUGUGACUGAUCCACGAAACCUGGAGACACAGAGCCCAGCAGUGUGGCGUCAUCACCACCCAACACCGGAGCGUUUUUGUUUAAGAUAAACAUCCUUUAAUCCUCCUUCUCUGAGCUGUUUGGACAGACACUGUGAGCCAACAAGACUGUUUCAAAGUUCCACCAUUUUAGACUUCUGAAUGAAAGAAUAUGUUGUUUUACUCGUGUGAAGUCUACUUUUUCCGUGUUUUGUUUCUUUAAAGCUCCUUUAUCCAGCAACUUAAAGUGAUUGUACUGGAGGGAAAAAAUAGCACGACAUCAAUGGGGAUUUAAAAGCUGUUUUUAUGGCUGACUGGUGCUCACAACAAAAUUAAGCUAAGGUUGGAAGGAGAAAGUGCGCUUACAGGUUUAUAGCUGUAUUCUUUUUUUAUUUUUUUUUGUUUGUUUUGUUGCCAUUUUUUUUACUGGGCUGGGUUCCCGGUAAUCCCACAUAUGUAUUAGGCAUGUUCUUCUUUUUACUCAUGGCCUGACAAAAAAUAUCAGUGCUUUGACAUGUCCUGACAACCUCCCCUCUUGAAUUUAAAAGCACGUAGCUUGUUAAAAUAAGCUAAUCUGUGGGGACUUUUGAGUGAUUUCCACUGGUGUGUGUGUGUGCGUGUCCCAUUUCGCGUUUUGAAUCAGCAGGGCUUAGCGGUGUCCCAGACUCUGGCAGUCUGCGACAGCACAGCUUUUGCCUUGACGUUGAGGCAGGCGCAUAUGUGCACACAACAUACGUACAAAUAUGACUAAUAUACAAUCACUUGUUUGCGCAAUCGUAAAGCCCGUUACAGUGUAGCUUCUUGUCCAACUGUUGGGACAUCUAUCAAAGCAAACUAUACUUAAAAUACAAGGAAAGUACCCGGUGAAAUUGUUUGAAUGUGCCAUGGGGGUGACUGGGUUGGCCACACAUGCUCUAUGCAUUUCUCCCCUUUUGCACGCUUCUUGUCUAGUGUACCAUGCUAUUGACACGUUUCUGCUUAGACCAUACUUUCAAUGUUUUUGCCUGGAACUGUUGGUUGACAGACGGACAUAAAGACUUGUAGAGAGAGGCAGCAGCUUGCCUUACUAAGAGCCCGUGGGUGCAGGGAGGCACUGUGAAGCCAGCCUUAACACAGCCUGAGAGAUGUACCGGAACACAUGAUCUGGGCUGGUUGGUGGCCACUGGAAUCCCUCUGGUUUCCCCCUCGCCCUUCCAAACAGGCUUGUAAACACCCGAGUGUAUUAGAACAUAUAUCCCCGGGUAUUUUGUCUAUUUUUCUAUGUUUUAUUAUGUUUGCCACAAACAUAAAUAGGUUUCUGGUGUGUGCUAAUGCAUUCAAGCUCUCUCUGAUAUUCCAAAAUGCAUCCAGUACUGACUCUUGGUUAGAUUCACAUGUAGAUUUGCAACCGUCGGCCCCUUCAUGUGCACUAUUAAAGCCAGAGCUGUGGUUAAAAAAGAAAUUCCACAAUGAAAUGUUGACAUUCCAUAAAAUGUUACUAAUUUUUCCACGUCAGGUUGAAGUGAAACCUGGUCUAUUUUGAUAUUAGUCACAUUUAGCGCUUUACACACAUUACUGCUAUUAUAUGAUUGCGUUUAGAGUCCUCUGCAUCAAUGCAUAGAUGGAGCUUUGAACUGCUGGACAGAUAACGUGUUCGAUUGAACGCAAUCUCAUCUAUCAUGAUUUAUGUCAUGGACUUGCCCUUUAAAGAAAUAUUGAUGUCAGCUGCACUGAAAUGAGUGACACAUCUGUCGAAUUAAAUCAUGGGACAUUUGUCCCAGUACUUAUCACUAGAGGCAGGGGAUUCCUGGAUUUUGAAAAUGUGUUUUGCAAGCUCUGCCUUUGUAGAGCCCUGUGCUUUUUCUCUCUUGAGUAUCUGCAUUUGAUAGUUUUUCUGCUGAAUCCCAGACCUGUUUUUGUUCCAUCUGUGUUUUGUGUGUUAGGAAACGUUACGUGAACAUAUCGACUUGUCAGAUGAGUAGGGUGGGCCUGGGGAUCAUUAACUAGGGUCAUGAUUACAAAGCACUUACUGUACUAUACUGGAGUCCGCCUCUUUCGUUUGUAUAAAGAGGCGUCUCCUCAGCUGAAGCUCUUUAGGUAAUGAGUAAAAGCCGCACAGCUGUGUAUCCCCCCUUUUCCUCCAACAUCUUGUCCUGUUUGCGCCUCUCAUCUUUUCUUUUUUAUUUUUGCAAAACCUUUUAUGCUAACUUUGUUUAUCAAUUGUCAAUAUCUCUUGUGUCCCUUCACAUUUCGCUCCCUCCUCUUGUCUUAUCUGUAACUUUUGUUUUGUUAGACCUGUGCAUAUGGUUGUCAAGAAGUCUUUUUUUUUGUUUUUAAGAGAAAUGUUUUGGGGAUAAAGAGGCUUGUGCCUUUGUAAAGACAGAAUAAUAAAGUUUGUACUUUGUUUUUUAUGCA